AUGGCAGGGCGGCUGUCUCUUGUACGUGUGGCCACCCUGAGUGACUCUUCCUUGGCUUUAUCCUCUCUCUCUGUCCUAUCACUCCGCUACUUUUUGACUGGGACAUCUGGCUUUCUGGCCCUCUACUGCUUCCUGUUUCUGCUCUUCUCUGUCUGUUGCAGCAGCACUGAGGGUUCCCACAGGUGAAGUGGUCCUAUAGGACUCUGUAUUGCGCUGGUCAUCUCAGCAAUAGCCACCUUAUUGGUAUUACCUGCCUGUACCUUGAUAGGUACCAUUUCUCUCUGCAAUUCCAUCAUCCCCUUGAACAGAACCAUUAGCUGCUAUGAAGCUCAGAAAAUUUCAUCACCUCUUGGAACUCCUCUGCAGUUUUAUUCCAGCCUACACAACGCUGAAAACCCUUCCUAGGUGAAUCUGGUAUUGUGGUGUGUGGUCUUGGUGCUCCACGCUGUGCAGUGGAAGUCUCUGGAGAGAGGCACCUCUGAGUUGAGUUCUGAGACAGAUGCUCUUGUUGGGUCCUGCAGGUCCAAUUUAUGA